AUGGUAUUUAUUAUUGGACUUGGUGGUAUAACAUGUAGUGGUAAAUCAACAAUGUGCUCCGAAUUAUCAAAAUAUCUGUCAAGUCCGUAUAACAAAGUUCGAGUUAUUGAUUUAGACUCUUAUGCUCGUGAUGAAAAUGAUCCAAAUCAUGUACAUUUAACUGAAUUAAAUCAUAAAGAUUGGGAAUCGUUAACAUCAUUACAUGUUGAUCAGUUUGUAUCGAAUAUAAAAUCAGUCAUUAAUGACAAUAGUACUGAUAUCUUAAUUAUUGAAGGUUUUAUAAUUUAUAGUAUUGAUGAAAUAAAGUCAAUAUUUAAUUUAUCUUAUUAUUUUGAUUUGGAUUUUGAUCAAUGUCGUCAACGACGUAAUCGACGAACUUAUAAUCCACCUGAUCCAUUAGAUUAUUUUGAUAAACAUGUAUGGGCGUCAUAUUUAAUUGCUAAAGAAAAAGCAUUUAAUCAAAUGAAAAAUUUGAUUCAUAUUGAUUCAACACAAUCUUUUGAUACAAUUUUGCAACGAAUUAUUAACGAUGUUAACAAUGAAAUCAACAACGUAGAACAACGAUUAUAA